CAGACUGUCAGGCAUGACUGAAAGUGAGUGACUUUAGUAACUUGUGGAUCAGCGCUGACUCAAGUCGCGAACUGUUUAGAACGAAUCAGUCCGAUUUGGUGAACUGGUGAAUUUGAGCGCAGCUACGUGAACGCACCCCGAACAUGAGUCACCGCGCUGUCAAAAUAAAAGCUCCUCAAGAUACUAGUGGCAAUUAUUAUUGGAUACCUAGAUGUGUUGCCCAAUGACACACUGUAACCUGUUUAAACGAAAACGAAGACUAUAAGAAGAGUUGCACAUAUACAGGAGAGAGGAUAUAAAAGCAUUAUCUAGUCCGUCAGAUUAUGCCACAUAAACGGUGGUUGGUUGCCUAAGCGAUGGAUGGAGAGUUGGAGCCCAAGACAGAUGUGGAGGAGGGAUUAACCAAGGAGGAUGAGUCCAUGGAAACCGCACCAUCAACAGAAGUGUGCUCAGAUGGGCAGUGCCAAGGAAGCGAUGUCAUGACAACAGAUGCAUCGAAGUCUCCAGAGGAUAAUGAUGAUGACGUUGUGCUGGUGGAGGGGCCUCAGUUUCAGGAGGAGAAAAAUGCAGGAAGCCCCUCUAGCAACCCUGCACCUGCUGAGACCACAGACAGUGCAGAGCCAGCCACCACAGCAACAGCCUCCUCCAACACUCCUUCUCCUUCCUCCUCCACAGCUGAAUCAACCAUGGCUCCCAAAAGCCAGACUGAGCCCAUUGUUAUAGAUGACGAAGAAGAUUCUGUGCAAAGAGAUGCUUCCCCCUCUUCUCUGGAAUCGAGUCGGACCAGGGAAGCGCUAAGCAGCACUGAACCAGACUCGGAAAUCAAAAUCGAAAGCGUAACAACACUGGGAGGGUUGUGUUCAUCAGAGGUGGCCAUGUCGACAUCAGCAGAGACAUCCACAACACCAUCUGACGAGGAAAGCAUGAACCUCAAAAUCACAAGUGUGACAUCGUUGAAGGGCAGUGAGGAAGCAGAGGCUGUUGGAGAUAUGGAAACUACAGAGAACGGCUUGCAGAUCAGCAGCACAUUCAGCCUAAACCCAGAGGCUCAGCAGAGUCAAGGGUCAGCCAGCAAACCUUCACCAACGUUCAACCCAGGACGUGUUAAUUCUGCUACCCAGCCCGUUCAAAAUGGCGAGACAGGGACUCACCAGAGAUCUGAUUCCUGGAUCUCUCAGUCUGCAUCUUUUCCCCGCAAUCAGAAGCAACCAGGGGUGGACUCUCCCUCUCCUACAGCAUCACUUCCCAAAGCACCAGGCCAGUCUUCCUCCGGCUCCCAGCAGCCACCGCGCACUAUGAAGGUCACCUGUGCUAACUGUAAAAAGCCUUUAAAGAAAGGUCAGACUGCUUAUCAGCGCAAAGGCUCCUCCCACCUGUUCUGCUCUACGACCUGCCUUUCUGCCUUCUCCCACAAACCCACACCCAAAAAGAGCUGCACCAUGUGCAAGAAGGACAUUACUAGUAUGAAAGGAACAAUUGUGGCUCAGGUGGACUCAAGCGAAUCAUUUCAGGAGUUCUGCAGCACCGGUUGUCUGGCUGCAUAUGAAAAUAAACAAAAUUCCCCGAAGAACACCCUCAAAACAAAGUGUACUGUCUGUGGAAAGCUCACAGAGAUUCGCCAUGAAGUCAGCUUCAAAAACAUCACGCAUAAAAUCUGCAGUGAUGCCUGUUUUAACCGUUACCGUAUGGCUAAUGGCCUGAUCAUGAACUGUUGUGAGCAGUGUGGGAACUACCUGCCCAGUCGGGCCACAGCGAAUCACUUCUUACUAAUUGAUGGGCAGCAGAAACGGUUCUGUUGUCAGAACUGUGUCAGGGACUACAAACAGAUGCAUGGAAAGAUGACACAGUGUAGUGGAUGUAAGGUCAUGUGCAGGUCUUUCGAUGUUACUCAUGGUAUUGGACCCACUGGAGUCAUGGAGCCUUAUUGUUCUUCGUCCUGUAUGAAUAAAAGCAAAAUUGCAUCUGCUUCACAAAUUGCUGAGCCUUCCUGUCAUUUCUGUAAGAGAAAUGCAUUACCUCAGUAUCAGGCAACGCUACCUGAAGGGAAGGUCUUAAACUUCUGCAGCUCUCAGUGUGUCACCAAAUUCCAGGUACAUUCAUCGAAUAGCAUACAUUGUGUGAAAGCACCUCUAAUAAACAAGCGGGUCUUUAAGGCCAUAAUUGAGCAGUUAAUUGCAGGAUUAUGCCUUCAGACAUGUUCGGUGUCUUUCACUUAUCCUGUUUUUCAGAAUGCCACUAUACAAACGUCAGCCAACGGCCAACUUCCUGCCUCAGCUUCCAGUAAUGUCCAACUGAAAUGCAACUACUGCCGUGGCUCCUUUAGCCUGAAGCCAGAGAUUCUGGAGUGGGAGGAAAAAAUGUACCAGUUUUGCAGUAAGACGUGUUGUGAGGACUAUAAGAAGCUCCAUUGUAUUGUGACUUUCUGCGAGUAUUGCCAGGAAGAGAAGACACUUCAUGAGACUGUCAAGUUUUCAGGGGUCAAAAGGCCUUUCUGCAGUGAAGGUUGCAAGCUGUUGUACAAGCAGGACUUUAUACACCGUCUGGGCCUCAAAUGUGUCACCUGCAACCACUGCACUCAGAUGUGCAAAAAAUCUGUUACCAAACAGAUAGAUGGUGUCAGCAGAGACUUCUGCAGUGAACCUUGUGCUAAGAAGUUUCAUGACUGGUACUACAAGGCGGCGCGCUGUGACUGCUGUAAAGUGCAGGGGAACUUGACAGAGUCUGUUCAGUGGCGUGCUGAGAUGAAACACUUCUGUGAUCAAGAGUGUCUCCUCCGUUUCUACUGCCAGCAAAAUCAGCCCAAUAUGGCAACUCAGAAAGGGCCAGAAAACACAGCAUUCGGACAGACACAUGCAUCAAAGUUAACUCUGGUUAAUCAGGGUCCUGUGUCAUAUGCCGGAGGAGGGAUUGUUAAGGAUGUGAAGAAUAAAGCCGUUCUUUGUAAACCUCUCACCAUGACUAAAGCGACGUACUGCAAACCUCAUAUGCAGAGCAAGCCACUGCAAACAGAAGAAGAUGGCUUGGAGGGCUUGGUAAAGGAGUAUGUCCCUGUUCCAAUUCCUGUUCCUGUGUAUGUUCCAGUACCCAUGAAUCUCUAUGCUCAGGCCACACCCACCACUGUUCCAAUACCUGUACCUGUACCCGUGCCAGUGUUUCUACCCACCACACUGCAGAAUGCUGAGCAUAUUGUGAAGGCCAUAGAUGAGCUCAAAGCCAAGGUUCCCAGUGAUCCUCUAGAAGCUGAUCUGAUAGCUAUGGCUGAAAUGAUCGCAGAGGAAGAUAAGAAACCUGACUGUUCAGAUAUCAAAUGUGAGAUGGAGAGUACAGAGGUUAUAAAGGAGAGCGUGAAUAGCACCAGUGUUGGUAGCAGUUCAGAAGAAGAGGAAGAGGAAGAAAAGUAUGAACCCGAGUUGGACCUGGAAAAAGAUCUUCCUCAAGCUUUAGAGCCUGUGCCCACUUUAGAGGAGAUGGACACAGACAUGGGUUUCACAUUACCACCCGUCCUCACUGAAGAGCGAGAGGAGACAUCUUGGACCAGAACACGGAGGAAGGGAAUCAAGAGGCGGGCCAUAGAAGAGGAAACUCCUAUGGAGUCAUCUUCAACAGCAGAGCCUUUUGCAACAAAUCCCUCCUUCCCCCUGAGCUCCAGGUAUGGCCUGAAUGCGUGGAAGAGAUGGGCCACAUCAUCAGCUGCAAAGUCCAGUGAUGUAAAAGAGAAAGUUGCUUGCAAACAAGUGACUCCAUCUCGGUUGAAAGGCAGUCUCAUUUCUCUGAGCGCAGCAGAUCUGAACAAUUCUCUAACUCAGUUUGUCAGAGAGGUGCGUCGGCCCAAUGGUGAGCGCUAUGCUCCAGACAGCAUUCUAUACCUUUGCCUCAGCAUACAGAAGUAUUUGCAGGAAAAAGGAAGGACAGAUGACCUGCUUAAUGAUCCUUGCUACAGUGCAUUUGAGGAGGAACUUAACAAGGUUCUCAAAGGCUGGCAGCCCUCCGUUCUUCCUGAUGGCUCUCUCUGGGGUCGUGUAGAGGAGCCAUGCCUGUGGAGCAGCAAACAGCUAGGAGAACAUUCCCCUUCAGUUCUCCUGCGCUCUCUUUUCUAUCUCAACACAAAAUACUUUGGCCUGCGCACCGUCGAACAGCACACGCGCCUCUCUUUUGGUAACGUCUACGGGCCCAGCACUUCUAAGCCUCACAGUCACGACACCACUGUCUGUAUUUGCAUCCCUUCCAUCUCACAGGAUCAGUACGAACCAACAACUAGCAAGAAAAGGCGUAAGGAUUCGAACUUUGAUCACAGCAGUGGUUCGGGAGGCUUCACUCACUGUCCUGUUAAGAAGCACGAGUGCCGACUUUAUGAACUCUAUUUGUCUAAGUGCCCUGAGUCCGUGAGGCAGAGGACAGAUUUCUUUUAUGUGAAGCCAGAGAUUGACUCUACGUUUGACAGUCCUGUGUGGUUCAGUUCAAGUCCUCUAGAAAAGUGUGUGCUGGAGAGUUUACUAACUCAAGUCCUUCUGGUGAGGGAUAUCUACAGAGAGCGCAGCCAUGAGGAAGAGGGAAUUUAGGAAAAGAGGAACUGAGGCCUUGUAUGCCACCAUAGCACCCUCUGCAUUACCUGUCACGUUCCCUUUAAAUACACUGAUCCCAUUACAGUUAUAAGCAAAGCGAAUACUGUAUGUCAGGACUUGAGGGGUUUAUGGCUUAAUACUGAUUUCUAAAUCAGUGUUUCCAGAAGACUUGGUCUGGUGAUUGGUGCUUUACAUGAAAAGCAACCCACAGACUGCUGCUUUUUCUUCUUUUUUUGUAAAUUUUUUGUUGUUUUUCAUUUGUUAGGAAAUUGUGUGUAUGUGAUGUAGCAUUAUCUACGAUGCCCAGAUUGGGCUGCUGUGGUCUGUAAAUAUUUCUGAAAAUAUUGUUAGAGAGAGGUGAAGUGUGUCGAAAACAAAAACCGUUGAAAUACUAUAGAUGAAUAAAAUGAAAGAAAUCAUCCUCAAUACGAAUCCAACAUGCCUUCUUAAGAGAAAAUGUUUAUUUAUUGCAGUUUGUGAUCUAAUGGAGUCCUUAUGAUAGGACUGUGUGUGUGUGUGUGUGUGUGUGUGUGUGUGUGUGUGUGUGUGUGUGUGCGCGCGCUAUGCCAUUUCCCUCACAUUCAUUAAGAGCAUUAAAAGCCUGCUGCAGCCGUUGACCACCCAUCUGUGUCUGUCUCUCUCUCUCCACCUUUUCUUUUGGAGUUUGGGUGUUGUGUGGCAGAGCAGGCUUAUUUGUUGGUAUUAAACUUUGUGUGAAGCUAUUCUUUUGAAAAAUCAGUUCUCUAAUCCUUUAUUUUUAUCCCAAAUAUGUGUUGUUUUUCCCCUCUUCCAGCUUUACUGACAUUUGGAUGUUUAUUACUUUUCCCUUUUUAUUUUAUUAAACAAAGCACUUGACAAAAAGUGCAGUGUUGAUUCCACGGUGACAUUUUGUUAAUGGCAGAACAGAACAUUUGUACUGUACUCGGGUGGGAUUUGUGACUGAAAAAAUUGUAUAUCUGCAAAGGACAGUUUUGAUCAUUAAAAAAACAUUCUUAUAGAUGAAAGGAA